CCACUGACCAAUGACAGGCCUCCUUGUCUGAUCGGUUUAUAUAGCGUGCGAACAGGUAGUUCUGUUGUGUUGUCUGAUCAGAACAGUACUAGUACGCCUCGGUUGUUUAGCAAGAUGGCCAGCCCCAUGGAAAAGCUGAGGGAACAAUGUCUCAAACGUGGAGCCGGAGGCAUUAAAGGUCUUGGCCGGACGUUCCGUAUCAUGGACGAUGAUGGCAACCGUAGUCUGAGUUUUGAGGAGUUUCAGGAGGGUUGUGCAGACUACGGGCUAACUCUCACCGCAGAAGAGUUAAGGGAGAUUUUCACCACUUUCGACACAGACGGCGGCGGUACCCUCCACUUCGAUGAGUUUCUCAAAGGCAUUCGGUCCAACAUGUCCGAGGGAAGACAAGGCAUCGUCAAGAAGGCAUUUGAGAAGGCUGACAAGUCUGGAGACGGCGUCAUCACACCCGCUGACAUGAAGGGAGUGUACAACGCCCGGCAACAUCCCAAGUACAAGAACGGGGAGUGGACGGAGAAGGAGUGUUUUGAGGAGUUUCUCAAAACUUUCGAGCCCGACGCGUCCAAGAGAGAUGGACGUGUCACACAGGAGGAGUUCAUGAACUACUACUGCGGCAUCAGCGCUUCUAUUGACAACGACGCGUACUUCGACCUCAUGAUGCGGAACUCCUGGAAGCUUUGAGGUCUCUGCCCGACAUCUGGACGUUCAUCUGUGUUGGUGGUGGUUAAACUCGUAACCAGCUGUGCUGCCUCUGUACUGUAGCUUUCAUAAUCAUCGGUUGUCGUCAUGUGUCCAUUAGGUCACGUGCCCAUUAGGUCACGUGUCCUAUAGUGAUUGCGGGUCAUUUAACCCGAUGAAGGCUGCAGUACGGACAACAGUUUAGCUGUUUGUUAUAGUUCGAUUUUACAUAGCCUUGUCAUCCAACCAGUGCCCUUUAUAUGUUAUAUGUUGCCAAACAUACAACAUCAGUAUAAAAAUUCAUAUUCGUAAAAAGACGAAUAAGUCUAUGACAAUAACAGAUACGGUCAUUAUGGUUAGAUUAUUCGUGAUAUGCUGAUAAAAUAGUUUUGCUAUAGAUGUGUUAGGGUGUAACUCCAAUUGGUAUAGCUGACUAGUACAUGUAUUAGAAACUGAAGUUUAGGAACAAAUACGGACGUUAAAUCUGUACAUUGUUUUGUCGUAGUUGCAAUUUUGAUGAUGUUGCUGAUGUAUUUUAGUCAGUGAAAUUUUAAACAAUUUGCUGUAAACGCAUUGAUCUCAAAAGCUUUCCUUUUAAACGGCAUGUAACACUUAGACAAUGUUAUAUCAGUAGGAUAACAUGUUUAUAUGCAGUUGUCAAUUAAAUGCCUGAGCUAAUAAGGGGGAGAGAAACGGGCAAAUAGUACUUAGUAUUGUAUAAGCUGACCAACUUCCGAAGUCUUUCGUAUUGACAUGUGUAUAUUCGUUUGCACUAUUACUGCUUCUUGAACACGUUUUAUUUCCAGA